AUGUCAAAAAAUAAGACAUGUGGAUACAAAGGUCCAUAUGACAAUCAGAAGAAAGGGGAGCGGGAAGGAAAGAGCUGUGUGCGCUACAAAUGCGGUCUUCUCAACACCAUACAGGAUGUUCUGCGCCAAAGACCAGGAUGGCUUGAAGCCAGGGAUGAUGGAGAGUGGGACUUCAACUGGUGCGAUGUGGGAUGGCUGAGGGAAAAUUUUGAUCAUUCCUACAUGGAGGAACAUGUAAGGAUAUGCCAUUUCCGCAACCAUUAUGAGCUGACCCGCAAAAACCUCAUGGUGAAAAACCUUAAAAGAUAUCGCAAAAAUCUUGAAAGGGAAGUUGGCCGUAUGGAAGCAGCCAAAUGUGACUUUUUUCCCUGCACCUUUGCACUACCCAGCGAGUAUCAUCUCUUCGUAGAGGAGUUUAAAAGAAACCCUGGCAGCACCUGGAUCAUGAAACCGGUGGCAAAAUCUCAAGGGAAGGGUAUUUUCCUAUUCAAGAAACUGAGAGACAUCAUAGAGUGGAAAAAGGAUGGCAGCCGCUCAGAGGAACAGAAGGAUGCAGCACAAGUGGAAAACUAUGUGGCUCAGCGCUAUAUAGAGAAUCCCUACCUCAUUAGUGGCAGAAAAUUUGAUCUGAGAGUGUAUGUACUUGUAACAUCAUAUAUUCCUUUGAAGGCUUGGUUAUAUCGAGAUGGCUUUGCCCGCUUCUCUAGCACCCGGUUCUCCCUCAGCAGUAUUGAUGACCAGUAUGUGCACCUAACCAAUGUUGCAGUUCAAAAAACAGCACCUGACUAUGAUCCUGAAAAGGGAUGUAAAUGGCAGAUGCAGCAGCUUCGCAGGUAUCUGACUGCAAAACACGGCACAGAGAUGGUAGAAACCCUUUUUUUGGACAUGGAUAACAUUUUUAUCCGCAGCCUACUUAGUGUACAAAAGGUCAUUAUCAAUGACAAACACUGCUUUGAGCUGUACGGCUAUGACAUCCUGCUGGAUCAGAACCUCAAACCGUGGUUAAUUGAGGUCAACGCCUCUCCGUCACUCACAGCAAGUAGUCAAGAGGAUUAUGAGAUGAAGUGCCGGCUGCUGGAAGACACGCUACAUAUUGUAGAUAUGGAGGCAAGACUGACUGGCAGAGAGAAGAGGGUGGGUGGCUAUGACCUCAUGUGGAACGAUGGGCCUGUCUACAGAGAGGAUGUCAACCUGGAAACACUUGGCAGUUCAUGUUUCACACCUAACACACACUUAGGGUGUGUGAAUGACAGGGAGAAGCAGCUUCGCCAGCUUCUAAAACCAAUUCCUGGCCAGAAAAGGAUAUGAUUACGUACCAGAUUUUUAUGUUGCC